AUGCCUCGACUCGUGCGCCGCCAGCCGCUUUCUGAGCGUCUGGCCAACUUCUUCAACCCUUGGGACUUUUUGCUAUGGAUUUCAGAGGAGAUUGAAUCUAGCGAUUGGGCUCAGCUAGAGAAGGAUUGGGCACAACCUUUGGGAUUUGGGCUCAAUUUUGUUUUCUUGAUUGCUCGAGCAAACGUUGCUACAGGGACGAGUCGGGCUGAUUACGACAUAUUUGGAGAUGAUCGAAGCAGAUUGUCUGUAUUAAGCUGGGCCGCUACUUUCAUUGUCCAUACCCUUACAUUGUUCUCUUCAGCGAACGCUUUCUACACAUUCUGGCGGAAACGUCGAUAUCGUCUUUUUGAAGCUUCGAUCGAUAGGACGCUAGCCACACCAUCAGCACAACGAGUCAAAGUGUCGUCGAAUCCUAUGUCCACCUCUCCAAUCAAUUACAUUCGGAAUAUACUGGCCGGCGAGACUGCCGAGUCGCGACGACACCCAGAUCCCAAACGAGAUGUCUGGGAGAUUGCUGUCUGGGAUCCGUUUCCAUUAUCACUACGUCUAUUUUGCUCGUUCAGUCCAGGUCAUGUUCUUGUCUACUGGCUGUUCUUGCCGACACUCCCAACCGAUCCCCGACCAAGCGUCACGAUCUUUACUACCAUUGUCCUUGCCAUCCUGCUUACCGUGCAGAUGUCAUUCCUUUCAUCUUCAUUCUCUCAGCAGUCCAAGGAUCUAGCGGUGGUACAUAAAGAAGUCAUGCAUGAAUAUGACACUAAAUUUGUUCAUCCUCGAACUCAGCCACUUAUGCGAGAUGUAGGAGUCCAAUUUUCCGAAGAGCACGUUAAAAAUGCCGGCUCGGAUGAAAGAUACAACCAAGUCGAACUUUGGACACCUACACACAUCAUAAAUCGGGGCUUCAAAACGAGUCCGAACCCCAACUACCUUGCCCAUGUUGAUCCCGAGUCAACUGGCAGACAGGUGUCGCCUUCUCGUCGACAGUCGUUCAUGCCAACUAAUUCACAGGCCGGUGUUCAACUCCAAACACCUAGCCAUCUACGAGACAGCUCGCCGGUAGUUCAGAACCAGUUAUCUAAUAUCCGCCAGCCACAAUUCAGACCACCAACGACAUCCACUGGCACGGGCGACGGCGGUAGCCUUGGUGUAUACUCUCAUGCCAACUCACCGUUUCGAAAGUCAAUGUCUACGAACUUCAUCGAGGAAAGACAAAGAUCUACUCCUAGUUUCAAUGAUAGACUUGCUGCAUUGACGUCUGCGAAGAGAGCAUCGAGUCCAUUGAAACGUACCAACACGCCUGGAGGAGUCAGCGCAUCAUCCGUUGCACAACCACGGUGGGGGCAUUUGAAUGAUACUCACCGUCGUGAAAGUGGGCGGUUCUAG